AUGUCGAGUAUUUCCCCAUCAGCACUUCAAAAUCUUGAUCCAGAAAGCAGAAAAGAGAUGAUGCAAUUCAUCGAAGCUGAACAAUCAAAGUCAAAAGUCCAAUCAUCGAUACAUAGCUUCACUGAUAUGUGCUUUAAGAAGUGCAACAAAGACAAGCCUUUAACCUCACCAACUUUGGAUAGCAAAGAAGAACAGUGUUUGGUAAACUGUUUAAAUAGAUUUUUGGACACGAAUAUCAAAGUUGUUGAAUCUUUACAAGGGAAAUAG